AUGUUUAGUGUUGAUCAGUUUGAUAUCAGUAACAACGGCGGUUUCGUAAAUGAUGAUAACCAAGGGUCCACUGCCAAGAAAAAACAGCAAGUGAGGCGCAUGCAAAGUGUUGUCCCUUUGUUCAUUUCGCAUAUCCUUGAGUGCACCGAUGAGGAGUUCAAUUUGUACGGGAUGCCGGUCCAUUUCGCUGAUGUCGUGGGGGUUUUGAAAGACUUUGAGGUCCAGACGACCAAAGCCACGUGCACCAUUGAGGACCACAGUGCCUCCAUUAAGGCCAUUAUGUGGCUGGAGACCGAUAACGACACUGUGACGGCCCUUCCCCCCGUCAAGGAAAAUUGCUACGUGCGUGUUUUCGGCUCAGUGCGCACCCAAGACGGUGAAAAAAUGAUCAUGAUUCUCAAAAUCCUUCCAGUUGAUGAUUUAAACAUCGUCACAAAUCAUCUCUUGGAGAUUAUUCAAGCUAAAUUAUACGCUGAAAGACUGGCCGAUGGGAGGCUCCCAGCUGCUAAUUUAUCGACCACUGUGGCCACAACGUCCACGUCAGCUGCUGCAAAUAAUUCGUCGGGACUUAAGCCGAUGCAAGUCAAAAUUAUCAAUUUGUUGAAACCUAUCAAAAGUAGGACUGGGUUGAGUAGGAGCGAAAUUAUGCAGCACUUUGGAGCACAAGCAAGGGAGGCUGAAGUCGCUUUGGAUUUCUUGCUGGAUGAGGGGCAUGUGUAUACUACUGUUGACACCGAUCAUUACAAGGCCACAGAUGCGGAUUAAAUUUGUUUCAUUUUAUUUUUUUGUACACCCUGGUUGCUUUACAUUUUUCGUAUACUUUAAAUACAUUUUCCUUUGCAAAA